AUGUCGUUGGCAAAUUCACUGUUUUCAGCAAUACUCAAUAACAAUUUGGCGCGAGUCGAGAAACUAUUAAACAGCGAUAUCGAAGUAAACGUUCGAAACAGCUUGGAAAAAACCCCUCUGCACAUCGCCGUUGUAAAUCCCGGUAUAGUUAAAUUAUUGAUAGAAAAAGGAGCAGAUGUAAAUGCAGCAAACAGCAACGGAGACACUCCUCUGCACGCAGCCGUAGAUCUAAUCGAACUCGAAACGGUUUGCAUGCUGCUCUAUUACAACGCCGAUCCGAAUGUAGCGAAUAAAAACAACGAAACUCCCUUUAUGAAGGCUCUGAUGAGCGGAUUUGUUCAGCUACAACGGCCGUUGCUUCAGUAUAUCGAUGAUUUCUCGAACGAGCCUAACAUUGUGGCUGUUGCGAUUAAAUACGGAAGUCCGCACGUUAGGGAGAUCGUGUCGAAGGGUGGACCGAUCGAUCAAAGGGCCGUGAAAUAUUUUAACUUCUCCGACGAUAAUUUGGAGCUUUUCAAGUUCAUAUGGCCGCGCGUGCCAGGUUCGGAAAUUAACGAAAAAACCAUCGGUCCCGUUUUGAUUUUCAAAUUGUGCAGAGGUUCCACGUCGAAGAAUUUCGGAAAAUACUUGGAUUUUCUAAUCGAACACACCGAAUCCACUGUAGUGGAUGCCAUAGCUCACAGUUUAUCCGAUGUAACGUUGAAGUAUUUCUACUUGAAGUGUUACAGCUUCAAUUGCUUGAAAGAACUGACGAAGUUCUUCUGCCUGUUGCUCCAGCACAACUUCAAGUGCUCGCCCAGGGAGAAGAUCCUGAUCUUCGAGAUAUUCGGCUACUGCUCGCUGUUUCGCAUACUGCUCUACUUCGAUAUCGAAGGGGAGGAGGGUUACUACAAAUCCGCGUGCAGCUUCUCUACUAUCCUGCCCGUUUACAUUUACUUUAUUCGAACCGACAUAAAAUCCAUUUGCGAUAAUAUCGAUUUUCGCGACGCCCCUUUUCCGAAAUUCAAAUGCAUCGUGAACACGAUGUCCUACUGGGCGCACCCGAGGCUCGUUUCCCUGCUGAACAACCUGCAGAUAAUCCGGUUUCCCAAGUUCACCGAGCUCUAUCCGGAGUUGCCGGCGUUCCCAUCGCUGGUCGAGCUGGCCAGGGACAAAUCCAGGGAAUACUUGGUGGAUAAAUUUGAAAUUACCAACAGCGGUCAAUAUUAUACUUUGGUGUAUCAUCUCCACAUACCGGCGGAUUGUAUGGAUAUAUUGGCGUUUAGGAAGAAGAUUUAUAGGAUUAAAUUUUGA